AGGGAGUUCUCACAUACAUACCAAGUUUUAAAACCCGGAUGUGGCAGAGUCGAGUUCUUUGUGGGGGGGGGGUCUGUCCCCUUCGGCCAUGAGAUGGGCCAAAAUAUCCCAGCUCUUCCAUGGUUAAAGGGUACGUUUCACAUAAUUAUUAUAUUACAUAUUAUAUUGUUAACUUCCAGAUGUGCCAUCCGUAGCACAUCUCUCACUGAAAGCGUGUAUUUAGAUACAUGUAAUUCCUGGGGGAUAAUAUCAAGAAGCCUUUCUCAUGUACAUGUAAGGCGACUCCCUGGCCGAGCCAGCUAUCCGCAUUCAAGAAGCACCCCCUCAUCGGUUGAAAGGAGACAGUUUGGUGGGGAGCGUUCAAUCGAACGCCAUCUUGUUUGUUGCGACGCGUUUGGCUGCUGUCUAUCUAGGCCGGCCGAGGCUGCCCUUUUGCAGUAUUUGUCAUGUUUGUGGGCGCAUUCUUCAGCAUUUCAUCAUCACUCCAAGCCAUCUUGCUAAAAUCGUCGCAUUUCAUUUGAACGGGACAAGAACUUGAAGAAGGCGCGAGAAUGGCCGAUUCAUCAUCGUCACGGUCAUCAUGUUCAUGGCAAAUCAAGUCAAAAUGCGCCAUGCUUGGGUGCUCUCACAAUCGAAAAACUUGUCCAAGUGGUACAUUCUUCCGCUUUCCCAUGAAAUCAAGUAAGCGAUUGCAACUAUGGACAACUUUAUCAGGAAGGUUGGGUCAUCACAGGCGUGAUGGCUCCCUGUGGAAACCAGGUAACUCCAGCCGAAUGUGUGCCUGCCACUUUGAGGACGGGAAGAAGUGCAAUGACCCCACCUUGAACACCGGAGCCGACUACACCAAGGAGGUCACCGAAUACAAGACUCAGGUAUCUGCUCAUACGCCAGUGGUGUCCGCUGAUCACUGCUACGUCUCGGGCAGUCUGAUAUUGAAGAAGAAAACCAGGAAGAAGCGCGUGCACCGACAGAUUCAGGUCGAUUUCCCUGAACAGGAUACAUGCUCAUGCCCAGGAGCCCAUGCCCGCAAUGUCGUCCGCACCGUGUUUUGUUCCAUGACGGGCACCGAGGCCGGUACCCAGACCUCUUUCCACAAAGAGCCCUGCAGCCGGCACACAGAGACAAGAGACCGGCGCGUGGGACCCGAUGCCAUGGGGGAGAGCCUCCGGUGCACGAGAGGAUUCCACGGGUUCGACGGCUCACGAGCGGGGCAAGAGAAAAUUCACGACCUGACUGGCAUGCAGCCAAGUGUGUUUUUCCUCUUACUGUCACUGCUGCCGGCGAAGUCAAAAGGAAUGAGCUUAGAGAAUUGCCUGCUGUUGUUCCUGAUGAAAUUACGAUAUGGUUUGCCGUUUACAUGUCUAGGAGUGAUUUUUUCAGUGUUUAGAACAACGGCCUCCAGAGCUUUUAAUUUUGUGCUGGAAAAUCUAUCCAGAGCGACACACGACUGGAUUAUUUGGCCGUCAGCACAAACAGUCCGCUCUAUGGUACCGUCUUGCUUCUCUGAGUACCCAAAUGUCAGGUGUAUUAUCGAUUGUUUGGAAUUUAAAACAGAGAGACCGCCAAGUGGUGAGGGACAGGCGCUGAUGUAUUCCCACAACAAAGGAACAUACACCUGUAAAGUUUUGGUCGGUAUUUCUCCUCACGGAUUGAUUUCGUUCUUGUCCGAGGCAUUCCCAGGAGGAACAACAGACAGUCAAGUCGCGACAGAGUCCGGUGUUCUGGAUUUGCUCGAGCCAGACGACGUUAUCAUAGCCAGUCAAGCAUUUCCGGAAAUCGGAGCGGAAGUUCCUGGAGGAGAGGCGAUUGUUGUUCUGCCUCCGUUUACCGUUCCUCAGCAGCAAUUCGCGGGCGAAGGCGUCCAGUCUACGGGUACCUACAAAGUAUCCCCCAUGAGGGUACAUGUGGAAAGAAUCGUACACAGGAUUCGAUUCUGUAAUAUUCUCAAUGCAGCAUUCCCUCGGGAACUGCUUCCAUGCGUCAAUGACAUUGUGCGCAUUUGUGCUGUGUUGGCAAACCUGCAGAGUCCUCAAAUCCAAAAAUGAGAUUUUUACAGUUUGAAAACGGUUUUUAUUUAUUUGGUUCAAUGUACUGAUUAGCACACCCUUUGGAACGCUUAAAAUUGUUUAUGCUUUCCCAGACAUCCGAAGGUGUUGCUACCUUGACUUUGUUUUCAGUUUAGUGGGUGGCACUACUUAAAUUGUAAGUUCCAAAUAAUGUUCAUUGAAGCAUUUCUGAGGUAUGAUCGGCUCACUGGGUUACUCACUAGCAAUAUUGUCAUGUACGUGUACUUGAAUCACAAAGAUUGAGAGAUUCUGGGGCAGCAGAAUUUUUUUGCAACACUUUUUUUGGCCUAGAAUAUAGAAGUUUGCAUUGACAAACCAAAAACACGACGUGUAAAUUAUUGACACUAGAAUAAAACCAAAAUGGAAGAUAGGAUUAAUUAGGACUCUCAGGUGCACUUGCAGUGAUUAUUUUUGGAAAAAAAGCACAUUGCACAUUCCCGUUGGAUUUGAAGUGAACUGACACGUACAGACUUACGGUGCACUUAUUUCUUCUUAAACCUUUGACAUGUUUGACAUAAAAUUGUUGCACGGGAGAGUCAGAUACAUGUAAGAGUCAUAAUCAACGUGGAUUAAUGCACCAUAAUGGAAAUCUCCGUUUUCUCUACAGAUUUGAAAAGGUCUUUAAAAGUUUUUAACCCUAACUGCCCAAGGGUUGCUGGACCUGACCUUCCCCAUUCACACAAAGUUAAACACCCA